AUGAAGUACUAUUCGGACGGCGAAUUAUGCGCAGAAGCGUUUGAACUGGAGAUGCUGGUGUCAAAAAUGAAAGAUCUGAUGGUGGAAUAUGUGAAUGAAGGUAGAAAAUCCGGUGCACGAGUAGUUGAUUACAAAUCACCGGAAGAAUUGAAACAAUUACUUAACCUGGAUUUGAGUUAUAGUGGUAGUGGUGUUGAAGGCCUAUUCCCACUGAUACGAAAUAUUUUAUGUUACAGCGUAAACACCUGGAACCCUGGGUUUAUGGACAAAUUAUAUGCUGGCACCAAUCCCGUGGGCAUAAUAUCAGAGAUGUUAAUAACCUUGUUAAAUGCGAAUUCUCACGUGUAUCAUGUGUCUCCGGCACUUACAUUGAUCGAGAAUGCA